CCCUGUACAAACUUCUGUUUAUGUUGACAGGGAGCUCGCUACAGCAUCAGUAGAGACAGGUGCGACAGCGUCUUCCUCAGCCAGAUGCAGAGUGUUUGCCCUCGUCAGCAGCAGUCAGACCUGUGCCUCACGGUGUCCAGACUGUACUACGAGGCUGUGAAACAUCUCGGCUUCCUGCGCUACCACCUGUCGUGGUUCACUCCCAGCGAAUGCAGCAACCCAGACAUCAGACUCUCUUGUCUACAGAACCAUUAGCCGCCACAAGGACUAGCAGUCGACAAUCUUUUCCGUUUAAAUGUUUUGUAUGUCCAUAUAUCUGUCUACUGUACAUGUUUGCAGACCCAAAAAUGUUUCAGUAAAUAUAAACUAAGUUAUCAUGUUUUCUUGCUUUGAUUCUAUGAAAGAGAGAGAGAGAGAAGGAAGGAAAGAAAAAAGAAAGAAGAAAAGAAGCGAAGAAUGUGCACUCAGUGAAUGUUACCCACGACACAUAUUGCAGCUACGGUUGCUCCCUCACCACGUGCGACCUAAUCGUUACCAAGGGAUCUCACUCCCGAAUCUGGCGAUGACGUACUCUUCGAUUAUCGGCGUCGUGCCGUGUGCAAAGCGCGACACAGAGUAACAUGACGCAGACGAUGAUAAGGCCUGGCAGCAAAAGUAAAUCUGUGAGCAAAAGAAUCCAAAACUAUUUCAUGCACCUGUAAUAAAAGUCCUGCUAUGGAGAGAGAGAACGCUCCACCCGGGAAAUCCUUUGCCGCGGUGUCGUCACCACAGAAGUCCGUUGCUUUCACGUUAGCAAAGCCUCGGGGUAAGCUACCCGUAAGAAAUGCUGUUUCACCAGUUCAGACUCUGGACGAGACCGAAGAAAAUUCGGGUGCGGUUCGGAGGCGGCGCAAACAUCGAUAUGACAGUUGGUACAUGGGUAAACGGCGUCCAUUUGACCCGUAUGCUUUCACCAAGGAUUAUCCCCCUCCAGCAGGUCAAUCCAGUCCGGAGGUGCGUGACCUGAGAACCAUACAGACACCGAGAUUGAAGCCAACCUUGGCCUCGCGUUCGCCCGAUAGACGAAGGAAAAAAAAGCGGAUUAGAGAAGGAGAGGUUACGAGUUCUCCUCUAGAGGUUCGUUUUGAUCCGACCAUCCCAACACGUGACCUGGAGCCCAUAGUGGAAGUGGAAGAUGACAGAGAAUAUAAAGUAGCAACACGAGGACUCGAUGCCCCGAAGAAAGACCUUCAAAGACGGCAGCAAUGACUGUGACAUCGCUUGACGAUGAAACGAAUACAGAAGAGAUAUCGCUGGACGAGACAACCGUUGAAGGAGAGUUGCUACCAGUCAAGAGGACCCCCAGAACCCACAGAGAAGCAUUAAUAAGUGACAAGACAACCCCGUUGUCUCGCGAAGAAUCGCCAUUAAAGCAUACGACGACCCCAGUAACGACCGAAGAAGCAUUAUUUUGGGAUCAGACAUCAUCGUUAGUGAUUGAAGAUUCAUUACUUCUGAACGAGUGGACCUCAUUAAUGAUUGAAGAAGAGUUACUACCGGGCGAGAGGACCCCGGUAACGACUGAGAAGACUUUCAGCGUGGACAUGACCAUUGCAGAGAUGAUCCAACAAGAGUCCGUGGACAGAGAGUCCACAGAUAAGAAGUCCGAAAAAAGCAAAGAGAGAGAUGAUGAGUUGUGGGGUCUGCCAGAACUCCAGCCUCCACAAACAAGAGAAGAAAUAACUGGCAUGGCACGAUUCCUAGUCAACAUGAAAUAUGCAGGACUUCUACUCUCCAUCUUUCCCCUGUUUUUACUUGUGGCUGUGGCUGCAGACCUGUAUAUGGAGUCCCUCAAACUCUUAACAAUGAAUCUGAUAUACACCAUGAUGCUUGAGGAUGUACUAGGCAGCUUCCUGGGGUGCGUGGCUUUUGGAUCUCUCAUGUCAACGCUGUUGCAGAAUUCUGUCCUCUCUUUCACAAUCGUCAUCGGCAUGGUCCACAGUCAAUUACUGUCAGUACAAAAUUCGGCACUGAUGCUGAUGGGUGUGGAAGUUGGCGACACCAUCCAUAACUGUAUCAUGGCUUUCCUCCUCAACGGCGACAACUUCCGUAGAGGUUUUGGAAUCGUCGCUGCCUACGACAUCUUCAACUUACUGAAGCUGCUGUGUUUUUUCCCGCUGGAGACCGCCACGGGCGUGAUAUUCCGCCUCUCGCAACUCCUCACCUCCACCAUGCGAGAGUACCAUGACGAGAGAGAACAACUCAUCCAGCACCUCCCUUGUGAGAUGAUAGGCAACGAGGAGCUUUACCCGGAAACCUAUUUGCUGCUCACGAUAACCAGAACGUUUACCCGCUUCGUUGCCAUGGUUCGACGUCCAGUCAUUAAGCAGGACAGCCUGAGAGACAACACCACCUUGACCCUGCUCAGCAGCAGGAAAGGAAGCCUCCUCAGCAACUGGCCAUACUCGGAUGAGCUUGCAGGCUUCCUCUUGCUGAUCACAUCGAUGGUGUUCCUCACCCUGAGCAUCUUGGCCUUCAUCUACGUGAUGAGGAAGGUGCUUUGCCUCCCUGCGUGCUGCGUGUGCGUUGGGUGAUAAACGGUUACUUCCCUGGACGAGGCCGUUACGCCACAGGGUGGCUGACGGUGCUGGUGGCAACAGGACUCGGGGUGGUGAUUGAUGUGGCAGGACUAGCUUUCAUCGUCGUCAUCAUCUUGAUGGCGCUGGGCUUCUUCCGGCUGCGGCGCGCCUUCCCCAUCAUGCUGGGCCUGGGCC